AUGGCUGGCAUCAAUCGCGUUGGCGAUCAGGCGAAGGACGCUCGCGCAGCGGCUCCGCGCCAGGAGCCCGCGGGUGCCCCUGCAGAUGCGGCAUCGGCGGACGGCGGCAAGCGCGCUGCGCCCUCGUCGCCGGCCCCAUUCGACGAGCCGCAGUGCAAGUGGCCGCAGCAGGCGAUGGGCGCCACCCUCGAGACCUUCGGGCAACACGUCGACCAGCGAAUCCAGGGGGUCGAGGACAAGGCUGACCAGGCGCUCCGGGACGCCGACGACCUCAGGACUGAGAUGAACUGGCAGAUGGCUGAAUUCAGGAAGAAGCAGGACGCCACAGAGAAGGCCUUGGCGGAGCUGACGAAGAAGCACGAUGAGACCGACAAGGCAAUGAAGGACCUCCGGCAGCGCGCCUCGCCCGCGCCCCCGACGAUGGCCAGCAGUUGCACGGAGCUCACCUUCAACGCGCCAGCCGGCUUGCAGGCAGCCAGGAGCUUAGUGCGGAACAUGCGCAAGACCUUCCACGACAACCGCUUGGCGUGGCUCGACGCGAAGAAGGAGCGCUCCGAGCUGCGGCCCGCCCAUCCUAUCGAUAGGUCUUUCGAGUUCAUCUCCGACCUCGAGGCCCAGCGCCAACAGCCCAUGCAGGUUGAGAGGGGCCUCGCCCACAAAGUGGUUAAGAUCGGUACCGAUCGCUGCUGCUUCCCGUUGGACGGCAUGCUUCACUUCACGCAUUGGGCGAAGCAGCACUUCAGCCAGGAGGAGCUGGACAUGGUUAAGUCCUUCGCGGAGGCGCCCCCGCCGAAGGUGUCUGCGCAGCUGCUUUCGCAGCCCUGCGCGGAACACGAGGGCGACCACCACAUGCUGUUCCGCUCGUGGGACAAUGACACCUCCAUCAUGCUCCUUGGCAUGAUAUCGUUUGUCAUGGUUCUCUUUUACCUGACGAACUGGCCGGACGACGACAUCCGCUUCUAUUCCUGGCAGAUCACUAGCAUCACCAUCUCCAUCUUUUGCGCGGUGCUGACCUUCAAUGGGUUCAAUCAGCUCAUACGCGCAGCCUUUGAAGAGCCUGAAGACAUCCAGUCAACUAAAAACGCGAUGAUCAUGUGCAUAUUGCAUUUUAUCCAUUGUUUUAUGUACCUCGCUCUGAUGCACCUCGGCACCGGUUUCGAGUCUGGGCUGAUUGGUUCGGUACAAGACGAGGACGCAUUAGUGUCAGAGGCAGGAUGGGUGUAUGCUGAUGCUCUCCAGUGCACCAACGACGAGCUAGUGCCAGCGGCGGAUCUUUGCAACAUCCGAGCUGUUUCGAGAGGUGAUGACGAUGCCAUGAGAAGUGUGAUCCUGAUACCCGCGGGCGAGACGCAAAAGAUGGAGGUCCCUGUUCAGAAGAAGCAGCACAGGCUGAUCAGGCGCAAACGAAGGACGAAAGCUCUAGCGAUGCUGCUCGCGCACAUGGCGGGGUUCGCCGCGAUCUUCUCUGGAACUAGCCUCCAGCGAGUGUUCCACGAACUCAACACGGGAUAUUCGGAGAUCGUUUGUUGGAUUCCGCUCAUAAUUAACCAGUUCGUGAUCCAGCUGGCAUUCAAGGUCUCAGAGUGCGUGAGACAUAACACCGUAAAGUCACGCCAUGCCAAAAACGAGCAGAAGACGUGGACCGACCAAGACCAGAAGAAGAGGGCGGAGGAGGGCCUAGAAUUGAUAGAGGAGAUGAUGACGGAGGAGAUCGUAGAGAGCGAGAACGACGUCUCGAGUCUGUCCAUGUCGUACCUCUUCGUGAACGUGAUACGCUUGCUGCUGACCUCGGAGUUGCCAGACGUGACGGGCGAGGAGCCUGAGGGAUGGAAGCCGAACUUGUUCCGCCACGCCGUGGCUCUCUACGGGAUCGGUUUGGUCCUGGUCCUCCUGGCUUGCGUGCAGGCCAUCGCCAUGCAGAAGUUCAAUAAGCAGAUCAAGGAUAAGUCCACCCGCCGCAUCUUGAAUACCAUCCUUAACGCCACGGCGAUGUGCUUCGCUUGGUGUGUGCUCUGGGCGACGCACUGGACGGUAGAGUGGUGGUGCGACCUCACGCACUGGCACCCAGCCAGGAUGCGCCAGAAGGUUGUCAUAGCCUUCGUGCUGACCGCCUUUGCCGCCGGCAUGGUGUUCGCAGUGGACGUGAUCGACGACAAACUCGAGGAGGCGGUGAUGGCGAGCGAGACGGCGGGCGGCGGCAGCCAGGAGAACAAGAAGGAGGUGGAUGCUGAGUCCAGGGAGCUGCUGAGCCAGCCCAAGCAGGAAGAGUCGCAGAGCGCACACCAGCUGGCCCGCGAGAUGAUCAGGAUCGUCGUCACGUCCCUCGGCAUCCUGGUGGGCUUCUCCUGGGAGCACUGCUUCGACGGCGGCGUCGAGUCCGUGUCCGAAAAGGCGCAACCCAUGUUUAAGGUGUGGUUCCAGCUCGUGCUGGGGAUCCUGGUGUGCAUUCUCGUCUUGCCAGCGUGGCGGAAGCACAUUCUGCAGAAGGUGAUGCUAAUGCAGGAGAUGCGGGACGCCGAGGAGGCCAACAGCGCCCCGAAGCAUGCGUCCAGCAGGGUUUCGAACGAUGGCAGCGAGUUGUCGACCUGA